CCGCGACAAGAGAGGUUGGGAAGCAUGGUGCGCAAGACGACGCCAGCCAUGACCGCGUCCUUGGACGAGCUUGCAGCGCGAUGGGCGCCGGCGGCCAAGGACAGCACGUACGACGCCGCCAUGGUGGCCGGAAUCUACGCCACGCACCUCGCGCAGGCCGACGCCGCCAGCGCGCGGGCCACGCUCGACACGACGGGGUACCUCGAGCGGUACCUCUGGCCGCACUUUAGCGAGAAGACUGCGACUGACAAGGCGCUGCUCUUGUCGAUCGCGAUCACGUCCAACGAGAAGGAAGGCCGGAACUGGGCGAGCGUGGACGGCGCAACGUUCGGGCUCUUUGUCGACGCGCUGCUUCGCCUCAAGAUGGAAGCCGACGAUCUCUCGCUUGUCGAACACACGUACAUUCUCCGCUUCCUCAUGUUUGGCAUCCGGCAGCUCGAGACGAGCCAUGUGGCGCGGGCGAUGCUCAAGUACACGUCGCUGCCUGUCUGGGCGCACCUCUCGGAGGUCCAGCGCUCGCUUGCGUUUGCGGACCACCCGAAGCUCAAGCGCCAUUGGCAGAACCGCGUCCAGGCCAAGGCGCCGAGCAGCCCGGCCGCCAAGAAGCGCAAGACGACCGUCCUCGACUUGGAAGCGGACUUUUACGCGUCGUUGAUCGACGACUGCAAAGCGUGCUUGUGCUCCAACGACGAAGCUGCGGUCGAGUACCUCGUGCACAGCUUGAACCUCUUUGUGGACCUUUUGAGCCAGCUCCCGACGCGGCGCUUCCUCCGGACGCUGCUCCUCCACCGCCACUUGCUGCUCGCGUGCCGCCAGAGCCACUGGGUGACGCAGCACGAGCUGCUCGCCAAGCAAGCCGAGCUUCUCCACUUUUACGCGCAUUUUCCCAUCGACGACCAGACGGGCCACGCGUGGACGACGGUCGAGCACAAGAACGAGCUGGCGGCGCGGGCGCAUGCGCUGCAGCUCGCAGCGUUUGAGCAGUCGCCGGCGCUGCACCCGCUCUCGUUGCUGCCCGUGGCGCAGCUGGGCGACCGCACGAUUGUGCGUCAGCAACUGGCGCCGAUCCCGCACGACGUGCUGCGACCCUUUUGCAUCGCGCGGGGGCUCGUGCACGAGAAGGACGACGACGACGUCGACCUCGUCGAGUGCUUUGUGGACUUCUUCUCGCAGUACACGCCGCCGUCGCUGCAGUCGCUGCCCUUGUACCCGACGGAAACGGAUCUGUGGGCGUCCGACCUCGCGUCGCUCGACGGCGUUUUGCCCACGCGCAAGCUCAACUUGCAGUUUCUGAGCGUGACCGACUACCUCCUCCGCUGCUACGAGCUGUACCGGCUCGAGGCCGCGUCGGCGAUCGCACGCGAUCUCGAACGCGUCAUUGACGCCAUGGCGCCGACGCUGACGCCGGGCAACACGACCAUGUUCCGCAGCCGCCACCCGAUGGGCCUCGGCGUCGAGCACGUCCGCGUCGUGCGCGUCGGCAAGCCCGCGAUCGGCGAGUCGCACCCGGCGCAGGUCGUCGCCCACAUCAACUUGGAUCUUGGCGGCCAAUCGCCCGAGGUGCUUGCUGCGUGGGACAGCCUCCAGCCGCGCGACGUGGUCUUCCUCGCCGGCGUUCAGGCUGUGGAGACGAUGGCGUCUCCGACGUUGAACGCAGCUGAGCGCCUGGGAAUUCACGUCGUCCGUGGCGCCCAAGUGCUCGAAGUGCUCGAUUCCGUCAACAAGACGGUCGGCGAGCUCCUCGAGAACGGCCGACGCUACGAGGCGAAGGGAUCGCGCCGCACGUUGCGCGUGGCGCUCGACGGCGCGCAGUAUGCGGCCGACCUCGCGGCGGGUGGCACCGAGCUCUACGCCCGCCUCAACGUGCUCGUGCGCCGAGUCGCCGAGAAAAACCACUUUCGAUCCGUCCUCAGUACCAUGCAGGAAGUGCUCCAGACGCAGCGGGUGCAGCAUGCGCUUCCGUCCUGGCUCAACGACGUCUUUCUUGGCUACGGCGACCCGUCGGCCGCCCACUACCGCCAGUUGCGGGCGAAGAGCGACGAGACGCUCCACUUGUACGAUACCUUUGUCGACGGCGACCACGCGCUCGCGUCGUUUACCGAGCCCGUCUCGCUACUGGACGAAGGCAGCGGCAAGCCGAUUGCCCCGGCAGCGGCGACGGCGCCCUUCCGCCUCACCUCGACGGAGGCUGGCCUCGUGCUCACGUGCGCCGCCAAGCCGGACGACGCGCCGGCGGCCAAGGGCCUUCGGUACACGCCGGCGCAGGUCGAAGCGAUCCGUAGCGGCGUCCACGACGGCUUGACGCUGGUGACGGGCGCGCCGGGGACGGGCAAGACAGACGUGGCGGCGCAGAUCCUGGCCAAUCUGUACCGGAGCCAGCGCUCGCAGCGGAUCGUGGUGGUGGCGCCGACGCCCGCGGCCGUCGCCGACCUCGGCGCCAAGCUGCUCGCCCUCGACGUCGUGGACCCGGGGCACAUGGCGAGUCUGAGUGCGACGACCGUGGACGAGCACGACUUGUCGGUGGCGGGGCGCGUCACGUUUCUGCUUCUGCGCCGCGAGGCGCUCUUGGCGCAAGUCGACUCGCUCGCGUCGGCGCUCAACCUCGCGCACCUCGGCGCGUCGCACUCGUGCGCGCAAGCCCAGUACUUUUACGCGUCCCACGUGCGGCCUACGCUCGCGCACCUCGAAACCAACGACGCGCUCCGCGCCUUUUGCCACGCGACGACGGCCGACGCGAUGCAAGCGUACCUCGACCAAUUCUUUGGCCAGCUCGAGACGCUCGGCGCCCUCGAGAUCCUCCGCACGCCCAAGCAGCGUGGCGACUACGUGCUCGUCAAGCACGCGCGGGUCGUCUUGAUGACGGCCGCCGACGCCGCCAACGCCCGCGCGCGGCUUCUCGAGAUGGGGUUUCAGUACGCGACCUUGGUCGUCGACGCGGCCGCGCAGGUGCCCGAGGUCGACGCGCUCGCGCCCCUCGUGCUCCAGAAGGACGCGUCCAAGCUGCGCCGCGUGGUCCUCUUGGGCGACGACAAGGCGCUGCCGCCGGCGCUUCAGAACGCUCCGCUGGCGGCGUUUUCGCAGCUGAACCAGAGUCUGCUGCUGCGCCUCGUGCGCCUCGGGGCGCCGGUCGUGCAUCUCGCGAGCCAAGGCCGCACGCGUCCGUCGCUCGCGCGUCUCUACGCGUCGCAGUACCCUGGCCUCUCCGACUUGCCGUGCGUGGCAGCGAGCCCGGGCUUCCAGCGCGCGAACCCUGGGUUCGCUUUUUCCGCGCAGUUUAUUGACGCCCCGCGCGCGACGGCCGUAAACGGCGAGAACCGCGUCGAGGCCAUGUGGAUGCUCCAGCUGUUCCAGUACAUGCGCCAUGUCGGGAUCGCCGCCACGGCCAUUUCUGUGCUGACGGCGACCGAGGCGCAGAAAACGCUGCUGCUGACCAUGUUCAAGCCACACGAAGCGACGCUCGGGCGCCCCGCCCACGUGGCGACGAUCGACGAGAGCGUCGGGGCGCACAGUCCGUACGUGCUGCUGUCGCUCGUGCACACGACGUCGGUCGGGGCGCUGCGCGACGUGCGCCGCAUCGUCGCCGCCGUCUCCCGCGCGGCCCUCGGUCUCUACAUCGUCGGCAAGAAGGCGCUGUUUGAAGCGUGCGUGGACCUGACGCCGGUGCUUGGUCCGCUCUUCGAUCGCCCGACGCAGCUCCAGCUGCUGCCGAACGAGCGCGUGGCGACGUGCAGCCGGCUCGAGACGGACGAGGCAGCGCCGACGACGGUCCAGAACGCCCACGAGCUCCACGAAGCGCUGGCGGCCAUGACGCUUUCAGACUAAGCAUCCUCGAUUGAAUCACAGACUCUAUUCCUGCG